CUGCAAAGUCAAUAUUAGUUUCUGAAGGUGGUUACGGGUUUCACCUGCGCAUCCUCACAACUUUAUCUCUAUGUGACGGCACCCAAGCUGUUGCAGUUUAGAAUAUCAGCCACUUGUCAUGUUAAUGAGGGCUAAAUAAAGCUGAGACAGAAAAUGGCCGGUGUGAAAACUGCUGAGCUGAUCGUCAUCUGUUUCAUGCUGCUACAAGGCUUUGUGGCAGCUUUCAACUGCACCAGCCCAACUCCUGCCGCCCUGUUUGAUGAACUCGCAAAACAUUUGUUCUCUAACAAACUGCUGCGUCCCGUCGAAACCUUUGCAAAGCCAAUAAACAUAUCCAUCAGCAUAACAGUGGCAGGAAUUUUAGGAGUGGAUGAAAAAACCCAAACACUGUCUUCAGUCUUAUGGCAGGUCCUGGAGUGGGAUAUCGAAGGACUGAACUGGGAUGAGAAGGAAUGUGCAGCUAAAAGAGUUUCGGUUCCUCGGGACAACCUUUGGGUCCCAGACAUUCAAAUAAAACAGCUCCUGGACGAAGCCAGCUCUACCAAAACUCCCUAUGUCUACUUAUAUAAUACAGGUCAUGUAUAUGAUGAUAAGCCCAUCACAGUGGUCACUUCUUGCCAAUUGGGAAUCUACACCUUUCCCUUUGAUAUCCAAAACUGCUCGUUGACCUUCGGAUCAUAUAUACACUUUGCUACAGAUAUUCAGAUGAUUCAAGGCGCCACAGCUGAAAAGGUCCUGAAAGAGUCCCGAGAUGUGAUCGUAACCAAUGGGGAGUGGGAGCUGGCAGAUAUCAAUAUUGCCGAUUCCAGCCUGCAUUUAGACGAUGGAAGCUACUCUGAGAUCACAUACUAUAUCGUGCUAAGACGGAGACCAAUCGUCUAUGUGGUCAACCUCCUGGUCCCCAGCUGUUUCCUAAUCACAGUGGACCUCUUCAGUUUUGUGCUGCCCCCACAGAGCGUGGACAGAUCCUCCUUCAAGAUGACACUCAUCCUGGGCUACACCGUCUUCCUGCUCAUAUUGAAUGACCUGCUGCCUGUUACCGGGGAGAAAACACCGCUCAUCAAUGUUUUCUUCUCCAUCAGUCUGGCGCUGAUGGUUGCCAGCCUGUUGGAGACGCUGUUCAUCACAAACAUUCAGUACAAGCCCAGAGAGUACAGCGCAGUGCCUCACUGGCUCAGUGUCCUCGUGUUACGUUAUCUAGCUGUUCUUGUUUGUAUCCCUCCAAAGGAAAGGAGCAACCGAGUCACAGUCUCCCUCAAUCCAUCUCACAAAGCGCCAUCAGCGAACACAAGCGCCACAAGCCUCUCAGACCAUCAGAGCAUCUCAGAUGUUACACUUUCAGGAAAAGCAGCUCCAGCUUCUCUGGACUCUCCAGAGCCAGUUGUGGAACAACUGAGGAUGUUAGGCAGAGAGCUCACAGCUAUCCGAGUUCAGAUGGACAAAUACUGUCAAGGGACCAAAGCCACGCAGGAGUGGGAAAUGAUCGGGACAGUGAUCGAUCGUCUGCUGUUUGGCUUGUACAUCAUCUUCAUUUUUGUGAGCUUUAUCACAAUAAUAAGCAUCUGGAUAUGGCAUAAUUCAUUUGCUACAUGAUUAGAUCAAAAACUGCAUCACAUGGAGUAGUGCCAUGGCAAUCUUCACUUCACGCAUGUACUUGACCCCGUGCUGAUUCCUUAUUUUUUUGCAUAUUUGUCACACGUACGUGUUUCAGAUCAAAGGAAUUGAUGACCUGAAACAUUUUAGUGUGACAAAUACACAAACCAAGAGCAAAGAGGGCAUGA